GAGCAGCCUGUUAGUUUGGAGUCCGGAAAGCGAUGCACCUCCUCGUUGUCUCCAUCGACUCGAUCGACACUCGAUUCUCUCACUGUACACCAAACUCGCUGUGCUCUGACCACUGCAACUUUUGCAGACUCCUCACUCCACAGACAUGCCGCACAAUAGCUGAAGUAAACCUGUCACCGUGGCUCUCUGUUCGAGCCUUCCGAUAUAAUCCGCAGGUUGGAUUUGAACUGCACAGCCUGGCUCCUGUCGCUUUCCUCGCAUCGGACCCUGCGUUUGCAAACGCCUGGAUAUGAAUUAUGAGCGUUUUCCUCACUAAUGAACUGGGCCAGUAAUGCAGGAGACCGCGGCGACUCUCUCAUCGGUGUUUCAAGAUGGCAGAUUUUUAUUGAGUUUUGAACAGAAAUCUCGCUUUAUUUUUUGCCAUGAAUAACAGAAAAUCUUGCACCGAUGGCCCCUGUAUACGAAGGUAUGGCCUCGCAAGUGCAAGUGUUCUCCCCUCACACUCUCCAGUCAAGUGCCUUCUUUAGCGUGAAGAAACUGAAGGUGGAGCAGAGUUGUAACUGGGAUAUGACAGGGUACGGCACACACAGCAAAGUCUAUAGCCACAACAGCAGCAAGAACGUGUCAGCCACCAGUGGCCCCCUAGGCAUCAACAGCUCCCUGCAGGUCGCCAGCUCCGCCCUGCCCUACGAGCAGGCGCUUAUCUUUCCAGCCAGUGCGGGCCACAUUGUGGUUGCCUCAGCCAGCAGCACAUCAGGGGCCGUGGGUGCUGUGGGUGUUGGGGUUGGUGUUCACAACUUAACCCGCCGCAGCACGGUCAGUCUUCUAGAUACCUACCAGAGAUGUGGGCUUAAACGCAAGAGUGAGGAGCUUGACAACAACAGUAGUGUUCAGAUCAUUGAGGAGCACGGCCCACCGAUGAUUCAGAACGGAGCAGCCAGCGGAGCCACGGUAGCAACCGUGGCCACUGCCACCUCCACGGCAACAUCUAAGAACAGUGGUUCCAACAAUGAGGGGGACUACCAGCUGGUGCAGCAUGAGGUGCUUUGCUCCAUGACCAACACUUACGAAGUGCUGGAAUUCUUGGGGCGAGGAACCUUUGGACAGGUGGUUAAGUGCUGGAAGAGGGGCACCAACGAGAUCGUGGCAAUCAAGAUCUUAAAGAACCAUCCAUCCUAUGCACGGCAGGGUCAGAUCGAGGUCAGCAUCUUGGCGCGUCUUAGCACGGAGAGUGCAGAUGACUACAACUUUGUGAGGGCCUAUGAGUGCUUCCAGCACAAGAACCACACGUGCCUGGUAUUUGAGAUGCUGGAGCAGAACCUGUACGACUUCCUCAAGCAAAACAAGUUCAGCCCUUUGCCACUCAAAUACAUCAGACCCGUGUUACAGCAGGUGGCCACAGCUCUAAUGAAACUGAAGAGCCUGGGGCUGAUUCACGCUGACUUGAAGCCAGAGAACAUCAUGCUCGUGGACCCAUCCCGACAGCCCUACAGGGUCAAAGUCAUUGACUUUGGCUCUGCCAGCCAUGUGUCCAAAGCAGUCUGCUCCACUUACUUACAGUCCAGAUACUACAGGGCUCCAGAGAUCAUCCUGGGCUUGCCAUUCUGUGAGGCCAUAGACAUGUGGUCCCUGGGCUGUGUGAUAGCCGAGCUCUUCCUGGGAUGGCCCCUCUAUCCUGGAGCCUCAGAGUACGAUCAGAUCCGGUACAUCUCACAGACACAGGGUCUGCCUGCAGAGUAUCUGUUGAGUGCAGGGACAAAAACCACCAGGUUCUUCAACAGAGACCCCGACUCCACCUAUCCUCUCUGGAGGCUUAAGACUCCAGAGGACCAUGAGGGCGAAACGGGGAUCAAGUCCAAGGAAGCUCGCAAGUACAUCUUCAACUGCUUGGAUGACAUGGCGCAGGUGAACAUGACGUCAGAUCUAGAGGGGAGCGACAUGCUGGCAGAAAAGGCUGACAGGAGGGAGUUCAUCGACUUGUUAACCAAGAUGCUGACCAUCGACGCAGACAAGAGGAUCACCCCUAUCGAAACGCUCAACCACCCCUUUGUUACUAUGUCACAUCUCCUCGAUUUUCCACACAGCACACAUGUGAAGUCAUGCUUCCAAAACAUGGAGAUCUGUAAGUGUCGUGUGAACAUGUACGACACAGUCAACCAGAGCAAGACGCCCUUUAUCACCCACGUGGCCCCCAGCACAUCCACCAACCUCACCAUGACCUUCAACAACCAGCUGAACACUGUGCACAGCCAGGCCACCAACCUGGCUCCCUCCUCCACCAACAAUGCCACCCUUUCCUUUGCAAGUCCUGAUGUCUCCAUACUAAACUACCAAUCUGCACUCUACCAGCCCUCAGCUGCCUCCAUGGCAGCUGUGGCCCAGAGGAGUAUGCCCCUCCAGCCGGGGGCUCCUCAGCUCUGCGCUGCCCGUCCUGACCCCUUCCAGCAGGCACUCAUCGUCUGUCCACCUGGCUUCCAAGGGCUGCAGGCGUCCCCUUCCAAGCACACCAGUUACUCUGUGCGAAUGGAGAAUGCUGUUCCCAUAGUGACGCAGGCCCCUGGUGCCCAGCCUCUGCAGAUCCAACCUGGCCUCCUUACACAGCAGGCUUGGCCCAGUGGCACCCAGCAGAUCCUGCUGCCUCCAGCCUGGCAGCAGCUCACCCACACCUCAGUCCAGCAUGCCACUGUCAUCCCCGACUCCAUGAGCAGCACACAGCCUCUCGCCAACUGGAGAUGGGAGAAGGCGAUUUGCAGUGAGAUAAGGAGGAUGCAGUUGCAGGUUUUUUAUUGUAUUAACUCAAAACAAUCUAUACUCCCACCCAACCAGACGCUCAGUGUGGGAGUGGCUCAUGUUAUGAGGCAGCCCUCAAACAACAACAACUCUUCUUCCAAAAAGAACAAACAGCAUCAAAUGUCUGCCAGGAACAUGUCAGCCUAUGAGGUGUCGUCCUCCCAGGCGUUGCUGUCCCCACAGCGCUCCAAGAGGGUAAAGGAGAACACGCCGCCACGUUGCGCUGUGCUACAGAAUGGCUCUGCCUCCAACUGUCUGCCCCUGCAGGGCUGUGGGGGUGGUGGGUGGGGGGCUAGCGCAGCAGAGCAGGCUUCCAGCACCACCCGUGACCAUCAGCACCAGCACCACGUCCCCAGACAGACCAUCAUCAUCCCUGACACGCCCAGUCCUGCAGUCAGCAUCAUCACCAUCAGCAGCGACACAGAUGAGGAAGAUGACCACAAACAAAACAGUAGCUCAUCUUCAAAGCAGAGGAAGAAUGUCAUCAGCUGCGUGACAGUCCAUGAUUCACCAGAUUCUGACAGUUCUAGCAACAACAGUCCCUAUACUGUGGAGUCUAGACCCCCAAACAACAACACCUGUGACACAAAGACCACCAUACUGAACAGCUACAACAAUGGGAACCCCCGCACCAUCAUCAUCCCCCCUCUCAAAACCCAGAACAGUGAGGUGCCAAAUGAGUGUGAUCGCCUGAUGCCAGAUGCAAUGAGCCAUCAAAAUUCAGCUUACAAGUUCAAAUCCACCAAUGGGGUGGUGUCUGGCAAUAAUCACGUACCAGGGGGCAUGACGGGAGGCGGGUCCUACCGACAGCAGCGCUCAGGGCCACACCCCCUCCAGCAGCAGCCUCUCAAUCUCAGCCAGGCCCAGCAGCACAUGGUAGCCGAGAGAAAUGGAGGUCAUCGGCGUCAGCAGGCCUACAUCACCCCCACCAUCGCCACUCAGGCCCCAUACUCCUUCCAUCACAACAGCCCCUCUCACACAGGCAACGUACAUGCGCACUUGGCUGCCACACACCUGCCUAGCCAGCCCCACCUCUACACCUACACAGCCCCUGCUGCUCUGGGCUCCACCGGCACCGUGGCUCACCUGGUGGCAUCACAAGGUUCGGCACGUCACGCGGUCCAACACGGUACCUACCCACCAAGCAUCGUUCACCAGGUUCCGGUCAGCAUGGGCCACCGUGUGCUUCCCUCACCCACCCUACACCACACUCAGUACCAGGCCCAGUUUGCCCAUCAGGCCUACAUCAGCGCCUCGCCUGCCUCCACUGUCUACACUGGAUACCCGCUGAGCCCCACCAAGGUCAACCAGUACCCUUACCUCUAGAGAAGACACUGACUGACACUGGAGAGCCUGACCCAGCGCUGCUGCUUCCCCCAAAACCCACCUGCCCAUCCUAAACAUCCUCUCCUCAACCUCAGACAACAGAGACAGAGGAACAUGCAGUCCUCUUGAAACUGUCACGUAUAACUUGAAGAUGUAACGACAGAGAGAAAAGGAAAAAAUGAUUUUACUCUCUAGAGUAAAUAUGAAAUAUGGGGUUCAAUUUCAGAGGGGUACAAUUCAACAUAUUUUCUUUCAAAUUUUUUUUUUUUUUUU